AAUCAAUCAAUAUCGUCACCAAUCGCCAUGGUUCAUCCAUACGACAGAAGCAAGCUUUUCCUCCUUCUCACCUCCUUGUUUGCAAGCAUUAUUAACUCAGUAUUCGCGUCUGUCGUCUCCACUGGGAAUUUCAGUUCUGAUUUCCACAUCACUUGGUCUCCCGGCCAUGUAAUCACAUCCUCUGAUGCCCAUUCAAGAAGCCUACUGCUAGACAAUGAAUCAGGCUCUUCUUUUGCUUCCAACGAUAAGUUCUUGUUUGGACAAAUUGAUAUGCAGAUCAAACUGGUGCCUGGGGACUCAGCCGGCACUGUUCUUGCCUACUACGCUACUUCUGAUCGACCCAAUCGCGACGAGAUCGAUUUUGAAUUCCUGGGUAAUGUGAGCGGGCAACCAUAUAUUCUGCAAACAAAUAUUUAUGCAAAUGGAUCCGGAGAUAGGGAGGAGAGGAUCUACCUCUGGUUUGAUCCAACCAAAGACUACCACACUUAUUCAAUCUUUUGGAACAUUUAUCAGAUUGUGUUCAUGGUGGAUUGGGUGCCAAUCAGGGUGUUCAGGAAUCAUGCCGGUAAGGGGGUAGCUUUUCCCGGGUGGCAGCCGAUGUGGAUCAAGGCGAGCCUAUGGAACGGCGACAGCUGGGCGACACGCGGCGGACGCAACAAGGUGAACUGGUCGAAGGGGCCUUUUGUGGCCUGGCUGAGGAACUACAAGGUGGAUGCUUGUGUUUGGAAGGGGAGGCCUCGGUUUUGCCGGGCCGGGAGCCGCGGCAACUGGUGGAACCAACGCAAAUUUGAGAGCUUGACAUGGAGGCAGAGGAGGCUGUUCAAGUGGGUGCGAAAAUACUACCUCAUCUACGACUACUGCCAAGAUACAAACAGAUUCCUGCAGGAUGAGCUACCGAGAGAGUGUUCAUUGCCCAAAUACUAAACUUGAUUGAUUUGUCAAAAUAUUUAUAUUUACAGCUAAUACGAAAAUUAAUUAUUUCAAAGGCAUUAAUAAA